AUGUCUGGCAAAUCAUCAUCCGUCCAAUCAGAAGGUACCGCACACUUUUGGAGGCGUUAUGAACUGUCCGUGGAGAACUUUGGUCCUGGAGUUGACUUUACCAGUGACGCCUCUAUAGCACCAGAAGAGUAUCACAAGGGGGUGGCCGAACGACUCGGAAUAUCGGCUAGCGACGUCAAAGCACAAUUGAUGAUUGAGUACGAAGCAAACUCGAAAGAAGGCCGCUGGGACGAGACUGUGAUUAACAACGAGAUGCGUCCCAGUGGCAAGAGAGUCAGUCUUUGUUCACACCUUACUGAUUUGCUCGAUAACGAGACAUCCCCACCUCCAGGCGCUAGCCUCUGCUCCUACCAUGAUUACUACGAGUCCAUGGACGCAAAGUGCCCCAAUAGCAGUGUUCCGAGCGAACUCGCCCUCGUGAUUGUAGGAGAUCUGAUGAGAGAGAAUCCAGCCGAGUUUGAAACAGACGUCGGAGAGACGUUCCUGAAAGAGAACUUCGGCUGGUCACACGCUGAUGUCAGCAAGGCUUCCGAAGAUGAUAAACCUUCAAACGGUACGGCUGUAUUCCCGGACCGUAGCAGUGAGGCAAGUGAGGCACAAGGAAUAAAUCCCCACCAGGCCACUGUCGAAGACUUGUAG